AUGGGCUGCAUCCAGAGCAUCGCGUGCAACAAGUCGCGCGUCCGGCGGGAGAACGUCGUGGUGUCCGAACUGUCGGCCACCAUAGACCACUGCGCCACCGUCAUAGAGGAGAGCUCACCCAUAGUGCUCCGCUACAAGACGCCCUACUUCAAAGCCUCCGCGCGGAUUGUGAUGCCCCCCAUCCAGCGCAGCGAGACCUGGGUGGUGGGCUGGAUCCAGGCGUGCACCCAGAUGGAGUUUUACAACACCUACGGAGACAUCGGCAUGUCGAGCUGGGAGCUGCCUCAGCUGAGAGGAGGUCUGGUGAGAGCCAUCAGCGACUCGGACGGGGUCAGCUACCCCUGGUACGGGAACACAACGGAGACCGUCACCAUAGUGGGCCCCACUUCCAAGUCUUCCCGCUUUACUGUCAGCAUGAAUGACAACUUCUACCCCAGCGUCACCUGGGCGGUGCCGGUCAGCGAAUCCAACACACCCUUACUGACCAACAUUAAAAGGGACCAGAGCUUCACCACCUGGCUGGUGGCGCUGAACACCACCACCAAGGAGAAGAUCCUUCUCCACACCAUCAAGUGGAGGAUGCGAGUGGAUAUUGUGGUGGAUCCAUCCCUGCCUUUGGGUUCCAGGGCCAGGCUGGUGGGACGGCUGCAUCAGGACCAGCCACGGGUUCUGAGCCGCAUGGAGCCCAUCCCUCCAAAUGCAACAGGGAGGCCAAACGCCAAUGAUGCCCAAGUUCUGAUGUGGAGGCCGAGGAGAGGCCCCCCGCUUGUGGUCAUACCACCCAAGUAA